AUGUGUAGUGUGUGGGUGGUGGUGUUGGGGGGGUUGGGGUGGGGGGGGGGGGGGGGGGGGGGGUUUGGGUGGGUGGGGUGGUUGGGGGGGUGGUGGGGGUGGGGGGGGGGGGUGUGUGUGGGGGGGGUGGGGGGGGGUGUGGGGGUUGGUGUGUGGGGGGGGGGGGGGUGUGGGUGGGGGUGGGGGGUGGUUUGGUGUUUGGUUGUUGUGGGGUGGUGUGUUGGGUGGGGGGGUUGGUUUGGGGGGUGGGUGGGGGGGGGGUGGGGUGGUGGUGUGGGGGUGGGGGGGGGGGGGGGGUGGGGGGUGGUGGGGGGGGUGGGUGGGGGUUGUGGGGGUGUGUGGGUUUGGGGGGGGGUGGUGUGGGGGGGGGGGGUGUGGGGGGGUUGUUUUUUUUGGGGGGGGGGGGGGUUGGGUGGUGGGGGUGUGGUGUGGGUGGGGGGGGGUGGUGGUGGGGGGGGGUGGGGGGUGGGGGGGGGUGGGGUGGGUUGGGGUGGUGGUGUGGGUGGGUUGGGGGGUGGGGGGGGGGGGGGGGGUUUGGGGGUUGUGGGGGGGGGGUGGGGUGGGGGGGUUGUGUGGGGGGGGGGGGGGGGGUUGGGGGGGGGUGGUUGGGGGGGGUUGUUUGUGGUGGGGGUGGUGUUGUGUGUGUGUGUUUGGGUGGGUGGUUGUGGGGGGGUGUGGUGUGGUUGUUGGUGUGGUGUGGUUGGUGGGUGUUGGUGGGUUUGGGGGGUGUGGGGGGGGGGGGUUGGGUGGGUGUUGUGGGGUGGGGGGUUUGGGUGGGGUGGGGGGGUUGGGGGUGGUGUUGGGGGGGGGGGGGGGUGGGGGUGUGGUUGGGGUUGGGGGUGGGUUGGGGGGGGUGGGGGGGGGGGUGUGGGUUGUUUGGUUGGGGGGGGUGGGGGGGGGUGGGGGGGGGGUGAGAGAGAGGUGGGGUGGGUUGUGUGGGGUUGUGGUGGGUGGGUGGGGGUGGUUUGGGUGGGUGUUGGGGUGGUGUGUUGUGGGGGUUGGUGUGGGGGGUUGUGGGGUGGGGGGGGGGGGGGGGGUUGUGGGGGGGGGGGGUUGGGGGGGGUGGGGGGUUUGGGGGGGGGGGGGGUGGGGGGGGUGGGUGGGGUUGGGGGUGUGGUUUGGGGGGGGGGGGGGGGGGUGGGGGGGGGUGGGUUUGGGGUUGGGGGGGGGGGGGUGUGGGGGUGUGUUGUGGGGGGGUGGUGUGGGGGUUGGGGUGGGGGGGGGGGGUGGUGGGGGGGUGUGUGUGGGGUGGGUGUGGGGGUGGGGGGGGGGGUGUGGUUGGGGUUUGUGGGUUGGGGGUGUGUGGGUGUGUUGGGUGGUGGUGUUGUGGGGGGGGGGGGGUUGGGGGGGUUUGGGGGUGUGGUGGGGGGGUGGUGGGGUGUUGGGUUUGGGGGUGGUGUGGGGUGGGGGGGGGUUGGGUUGUGGGGUGUGGGGGGUGGGGGGUGGGGUGUGGUUGGGGGGUGUGGGGGUGGGGUGGGGGGGGUGGGGGGGUUGGGGGGUUUGGGGGGUUGGGGGUGGGUUGUGGGGGGUUGGGUGGGGGGUGGUUGGGGGGGGGGGGGGUGGGGUUUGUGUUUGGGGGGUGUGGGGGGGGGGGGGGGGUGGGGGGUUGGGGGUGGGGGUGGGGGUUUGGGGGGGGGGGGGGUUGGUGGUGGGUGGGUUGGGGGUGGUGUGGGUGGGGUGGUGUUGGGGGGUGGGUUGGGGGGUGGUGGUGGUUGUUUGGGUUGGGGUGUGGUUUGUUGGGGGUUUUGUGUGGGGGUUGUGGGGUUGGGUGGGUGUUGGUGGGGGGGGGGGUUUGGUGGGUGGGUGGUGGGUGGGGGUGGGGGGGGGGGGUUGUGGGUGGGGGGGGUGUGGGUGGGGUGGGGGGGGGGGUGGGUUGUGGUUGUUUGGUUUUGUUUUGUGGUUUUUUUGGGGUUGUGGGGGGGGGGGGGGGUGGUUGUGGGGGGUGUGUGUGUGUGUGGUGUGUGUGGGUGGGGUUGGGUUGGGUGGGGGGGGGGGGUGGGGGGGGGGGGUGUGGGUUUGGUGGGGGGUUUGGUUUGGUUGUGUGUUGUUGGGUUUGUGUUGGUGGGUGUUUGGUUUGGGGGUUUGGUUUUGUUGGUUUGUGUGGUUUUGGGGGGGGUUUGGUGGGUUUGGGUUUUUUGUUGGUUUUGGUUUUUGGGGGUUUUUGUGGUGUUGUUGUGGUGGUGUUGUUGGUGUGUGGUUGUGGGUUGGUUUUGGGUGGGGGGGUGUGGGUGGGUUGGUGGGGGGGGGGUUGGUUUGUGGGGUGGGGGUGGGUGUGUUGGGGGAGGGUUUGGGUGGGUGGGGGGGGGGGGUUGGUGGGUGGGGGGGGGGGUGGGGGUGGGGGGGGGGUGGGGGGUUGGGGGUGGGGGGGGUGGGUGUUGUGUGGGGGGGGGUGGUUGUGGGGGGGGGGGUGGUGUGUUUUGGUUUGUUUUGGUGGGUUUGGUUGGUGGGGGGUGUUUGGGGGGGGUUGGGGGUGGGGGGGGGGUGUGUUGGGUGUGUUGGGGGUGGGGGUGGUGGGUGGGGGGGGGUUUGGGUUGGGGGGGGGGGGGGUUGGGGGGGGUUGGGGGGGUGGUUGGUGUGUGUUUGGGUUUGGGGGGGUUGGGGGGGUAUUUUUUUGUUGGGUGGUGUGUUUGGGGGGGGGGGGUGGGGGGGUGGGGGGGUUUGGUGUGGGGUGGUGGGUGUGGGGGGGUGGUGGUUGUGUGUUGGGUUUUGGGGGGAGUUGUGUGGGGGUGGGGGGGGGGGGGUUGGGGGGGGUGGGGGGGGGGGGGGGUGUUGGGUGGGGGGUUUUGGGUGUGGGGGUGGGGGGGGGGGGGGGGGGUGGGGGGGUGUGGUGUUGUGGUUGGUGGGUUUGUGGGGUUGGGGGGUGGGGGGGGGGGUGUUGGUUGGGGGUGGGUGGGGUGGGGGGGGUGUUGGGGGGUUGGGGGGGUGUGGGUGGGGGGUGUGGGGUGUGUGGGGUGGGGGUGGGGUUGGGUUUGGGGUGUUUUGGGGUGGGGUGGGGUGGGGUGGUUGGGGGGUUUGUGUGUUGUGGGGGGGGGGUUUGGGGUGGGGUUGGUUUUGGGGGGUGUGGGGGGGGGGGGGGUUGGGGGUUUUGGGGUUGGGGGGUGGGGGGGGGGGUGUGGGUGGUUUGGGUUUGGUGUGUGGUGUUGGUGGGGUUGGUGUGUUUGGGUUGUGGGUUGGGGUUGUGUGUUGGGGGUGGUUUUGUUUGGGGGGGGGUGGGGGGGUUGGGUGGGGGGUUUGUGGGGUGUGGUUUGGGGGGGGGGGUGGGGGGGUGGGUGGGGGGGGGGGUGUGUGAGUGGGUGGGGGGGGGGGGGGUGGGGGUGGUGGUGGUUGGGGUGUUUGGGGGGGGGGGGGGUUGGGGGGGGGGGGUUUGGGGUUGUUUGGGUUGUUGUGUGGGGGGGGGGGGGGUGGGGGGGGGGGGGGGUUUUGGGGGGGGGGGGGUUUUGGGGGGUGGUUGGUGUGUGUGUGGGGGUUUGGGGGGGGUGGGUGUGUGGGGGGGGGGUGGGGGGUUUGGGGGGGGGGGGGGGUGGGGGGGGGUGUGUGGGUUUGGUUGUGUGGGGGGGUGUGUGGUUUGUUGGGGGGGGUGGGUGGGGGGUGGGGGGGGGGGUUGUGGUGGGGUGGGGGGGUGGGGUGGGUGGGGGUGUGUGUAGUGUGUGGGGGGGUGGGGGUUGGUUUUGGUGGUUUGGGGGGGUUGGGGUUGGUGGGUGUUGGGUGGGUGGGGGUGGGGGGUGGGGGUGUGGGGUGGGGGGUGGGUGGGGUUUGGGGUGGUGGGGGGGUGGGGGGGGUGGGUGGGUGGUGGGGGGUGGGUGGGUGGGGGGGUGGGGGUGGGGGUGGGGGUUGGGUGUGGGGUUGGGUGGUGGGGGUGGUGUGGGGUGGGGGGGGGGGGGUGGGGGUGGGGUGUUUGGGGGGGGGGGGGGGGGGUGUGUGGGGGGGGGGGGGGGGGGGGGGGGGGGGGUGGGGGGGGGGUUGGUGUGGGGGGUGUGGGGGGGUGGGGGGUGUUGGGGGGGGGGUGGGGGUGUGUGUGUGAGUGGGGUGGGGGGGGGGGGGUGGGGGGGGGGUGGUGGGGGGGGGGGGGUUGUUGUGGGGGUGGGGGUGGUGGGGUUUGGUUUGUUUUGUUGUUUUUGUUUGUUGGGGGUGGGGUGUGGGGGGGGGGGGGGGGGGUGGGGUGGUGGGGGGUUUGGUGGGUGUGUGUGUGAGUGUGGGGGGUGGGGGGGGGGUGGUGGUGUGGGGGUUGGGUGUGUGUGUGGUUUUUGGGUGGUUGGGGGGUUGUGGGUGGGGUUGGGUUUGGGGGGGGGUUGGUGGGGGGUGGGGGUGGUGUGGGGGGGUGGGUUGGGUGGGGUUUGGGGGUGUUGUGGUGGGGGGGGUGGUGGGGGGUGUGGUGGUGUGGGGGGGGGGGGUGUUGGGUGGGUGUGGGGGGGUGUUGGUGGGGGUGUGGGUGUUGGGUGUGUUGUGGGUUUGUUUGGUUGGGUGGGUGGGGGGGUUGGGGGUGGUGGGUGGUGUGGUUGGGGGGGGUUUGGUGUGGGUUGGGGGGUGUGUUGUGGGGUUGGGGGUGGGGGGGGGGGGGGGGGUGGGGUGGGGGGGGGGGGGUGGGGGGGGGGGUGGUGGGGGGGGGGGUGGGGGGGGGGGGUGGGGGGGUGUGGGGGGGGUGGGGUGUGGGGGGGGUGUGUGGGGUGUGGGGGUUGGGGUGGUGGGGGGGGGGGGGUGGUUGGGUGUGGGGGGGUUGUGGGGGGGGGGGUGGGGGUGGUGUGGUGGGUUGGGGGGGGGGUGUGGGUGGGUGGUGGGGGGGGGGGUGGUGUGGGGGGUGGUGUUGUGGUGGGGUGGUGGUGUGGGGGGUGUGGGGUGGUGUGGGGUGGGGGGGGGGUUGUGGUUGGUUUGGGUGUGGGGGGGGGGGGUGUGUGUGGGGGGGUGGUGGGGGGUGGGGUGGGGGGGUGUGGGGGUGGGGGUUGGGUGGGGGGGGGUGGGGGGGGGGUGGGGGGGUGGGGUGGGGGUUGGUGUGGGUGUGGGUUGUGUGGGGUUGUUGGGUUUGGGGGGGGGGUGGGGGUUGGUUUUUGGUUUUGUGUGUGUUGUGUGUGUGGGUUUGUGGGUGAGUGUGUGUGUGUGUGUGGGGGUGGUGGGGGGGGGGGUGGGUGGUGUUGUGGGGGGGUGGGUGUGGGUGGUGUUGGGGUGGGGGGGGGUGUGGGGGGGUGGGGGGGGUGUUGGUUGUGUGGGGGGGGGUUGGUGUUGGGGUGGUUGGGUUGGGGUUGGUGGGGUGUGGGGGGGGGGGUGGGUUGGUGGGGUGGGGGGGGGGGGGGGGGGGGGGGGUGGGGUGUUGUUGGGGGGUGUUUUGUGGGGGUGGGGGGGGGUGGGGGGGGGGGGUGGUGGGUGGUUUGGGGGUGGUGGUGGGGGGUGUGUUGGUGUUUUUUUUUUGGUGUGUUUUUUUGUGGGGGUGGUGGGGUUGGUUGGGGGGGGGUGUGGUGUGGGUGUGGGGUGUGGGGGGAGGUGGGGGUUGUUGGUGGUUGUGGGUGGGGGGUUGUGGGGGGUGGGGGUGGGGUGUGGUUGGGGGGGGUGGGGGGGGGGGGGGGGUGUGGGUGGUGGGGGGGGUGGUGUUUGUGGGGGGGGUGGGGUGUGGGUUUUUGGGUGGGGGGGGGGGUGUGGGUUGUGGGGGGGGGGGGGGUGGGGGGUGGUGGUGUGGGGGGGUGGGUGGUUGGGUGUGUGGUUUUGUGUGUGGGGGGGUGUGUGGGUGUUUUUUGUUGGGGUUUGGGUGGGUGGGUGUGUGGGGGGGGGGGGGGGGGUGGGUGGUGGGUGGGGUGUGGGUGUGGGGGGGGGUGGGGGGGUUGGGUGGUGUGGGUGGGGGGUGGGGGGGGUGGGGGUGGUUGGGGGGGGUGGUUGUGUGGGUGUUUGUUUGGGGGUUGGGGGUGGGGUGGGUGUGUGGGGGGGUGUUGUGGUGUUGUUGUGGGGGGGUGGGGGGGGGGGGGUGGGGGGGGGGUUUUUUGGGGGGUUUUGGGGGUGGGGGGGGUUGGGGGUGGUUUUGGGGGGGUUGGGGGGGGGGGGGGGAUGGGUGUUGGUUGGGGGGGUGGGGUUGUUGGUGUGGGGGGGGGGGGGGGGGGGGUGUUUGGGGGUGGGGGGGGGGGGUGGGGGGUGGGGUGGGGGGUGGGUGGGUGUGGGGGGGGUUUGUGGGUGGUUGGGUUUGGGGGUGGGGGGGGGGGUUUGUGGUGGUUGGGGUGGGUGGGGGGUUGGGGGGUGGGGGUGGUGGGGGGGGGUGGGGGGUGUUGGGGUGUUUUGGGUUGGUGGUGUGGGGGGUUGUGGUUGGGUUGGGGGUUGUGUUGGGGGUGGUGGGGUGGGUGUGGGUUUGGUUGGUGGGGUUGUGUGGUGUUGGUGGGGGGGGUUUGUGUUUGGGGGGGGGGGGGGGGGGGGUUUGUUGGGGGGUGGGGGUUGGGUGUGGGUGGGUGGGUUGGGGGUUGGGUGGGUGGGGGUGUUUGUGGGGGUGGUGGGUGGGUGGGAUGGUGGGGGUGUGGGGGUUGGUGGUGGGGGGGGGGGGGGUGGUGUGGGGGUGGUGGGUGUGUGGGGGGGGGGGGGGGGGGGGGGGGUAGUGAGUGUUGUGUGGGGGGGGGGGGUGUGGGGGUGGUUGGGUGGUGGGUUGGGUGGGUUGUGUUUUGGGGUGGGGGGGGUUGGGGUGGGGUUGGGGGGGGUUGGGGGUGUGGGUGGUUGUGGGGGGUGGGGUGGGGGGUGGGGGGUGGGGGGUUUGUGUGGGGUUGUUUGGGUGGGGAGUGGUGUUGGGGUGUUGUGUUGUGGGGGUGUGGUGGUGUUUGGGGGGGGGUGGGGGGUUGGGUUGUUGGUUGUUGUGGGUGUGGGUGUGGGGUUGGAUGGGUUUGUGGGUGGGGGGGGUUGGGGUUGGUGUUGGGGGAUGGUUAUUUGUGGGUUUGUGGUUGUGGAUGUAUCUCUGACAGUGUGGUUUUUUUGUAUGUGGUGGGGUUGGUAUUUGUGGUUUGUGUUGGGGGGUUAGAGGUGUGUGGGAGGUGGGUGAAUUUGAAUAAGAAGGGUUUUGAGUUGGUUUGUUUUUGUGUUUGGUGUUUUGUGUUUGUGGGUUGGUGUUUGGGUUGUUGUUGUUGGUUGGUGGUGGUUGAUGUUUUGGUGUUGUUGUUUAUGGUGGGGGUGUUGGGGGUGUUUGGUGGUUGGUGGUUGGUGGGGGUGGGUAUUGAGUGGGGGGGGGGUGUAUAUGAUUUGGGGGGGGGUGGGGUGGUGGGAGUGGGAGUGUGGUGUGAGAGGUUUGGGUUGGGGGGAUUAAAGGGUAGUAGGGUGUAG